UCAUUGUUCCUUGAAAGGCUAAAAACUUCCCUAAUUAGCACGUGUAAGGUGACAUCUUUGGUCAUUAACAUACUCAAGUAGCAGGUAAGUACAGCAGCAGCAGUUGCAAAAAUUAAAAGUUAUCCAACAGAGCAAGGCUUCGCUUGCUUACAUUCGUACUACACAGAUGAGCUAAGGAUUGUUUUAGAGCUUGCACAAAGCAUGUAGCUGUUCCUUUUCUGUUGAAUUUUGUUAUCCAUCUAUGUGGAUUCAGGUUCCUGAUGAUAGUUUUGACAUCAACAGUAAGGUCUACUUUUAUCCAAAGCAUAAUUGUGCACACCCUCACCGUAAGAUGGAGUUGAAAUUGUGUUUUGUUUUCAUUGCCAGAAUUCCCUGUCGUUGCUGGCGUGGGGAGGGGAGGAACUAGAACCAGACCUUGAGUUAGUCAAACAUUUGAAACUUCUACAACUUCAGGGAAAUCCACCUGCUGUGUUCUUUCUGGGCUUGCUACCCUUUGGCUCACAUUUGGGACCAACCUUUCAAAGUGAUGCAUUAUUUACAAGUUUUUCCAUCCAGCCCUCAAUACUGUGAUCAUCAACAUAGUACAAAAUGUGCCGCAGGAUUGUUUGAAAAUGGCCUCAGGUGUUCACUGGAGCUACUUCAACACUGAGCCAUCUGCUCGGUCUCCGUUCUCGCCCUCCACCAGGACUAUCUGCACUUGUGUGGACGAGCGGCUUCCUUCUUACUGCUCCGGAGCAGCUGUUGUCUGGAUGCUGGACCGCGGGGUUUCACUCUGUUACCCGAUUUAGAGUGCCUGGGGCCUAGCGCUGUUUGCUCCUCCACUGAUGAGAAAGCUCUUGUUCAUACACUGUAAGGAAGAACAAAGUGCAUAUUUCGGGAUUUGCAGCGUUAGAAAUUAGGGGAUAUGAACCAAAGGAGUGAGAGGGAGAGUAAUAGUGAGCUACCAUAGGUAAAUGAGUUUUGCUUUGCUUUAUUUUACAGAGCAGCUUCUGUCACUGUGAAAAUAGCUUUCCCAGGGACCGGGUAUUCAGGUCCUGCAGUGUCACAGGCAGGGCAUACAGAGGGACUUGUGGAGAUGGAGUCAGCUCGAGAACAGGCUGUGUACAGUGGCUCCUCUUUUCUGUGUGGAUGAUAGUCAUAGAAAUACAACCUGAUACUUAGUAAGAUGUAGUACCAGAAUUUUCUCAUUUCUCAGUUUAUCAAGAGAUGCAGGGCUCCAAAAUGGCACGUGGCAGAUUACAGGCAUCAGACUGACUGUUUGAUGGAUGGUUCUCUUGGCAACUUUCUUACCACUGUCUGCUGAAGUUCCCUAGUUGCUUUUUUAAGCAGUUCUAUCCUGGAGAAAGGGAAUCUUUAAUGUACUCUGUAUAGGUUUAAAUAUAGAAAUGAUAGUAUCUGGGGUGUUCUCUUCUGCAUUCCGGCAUUUCAGAGGCUGUACCAUUUGACAGAGAAGAACGACUUUACUUACCUAUUUAUGUGACUAUUAAUGCAUGGCUCCAGGAAGAGGAAAGGACUGAAGAGGUUUUUACUGUACAAAGAGUGAAAACAGAAUCCAUUCAGAAAAAUUGUAGAAUCCACAUAGAAAAAAGGUACUAUCGACUCUUCUCAUUUCUGAAAAUUACUGGAAGGAAUGAUAAUCCAGUUGAGAGAAUGUCUGUCUUGGUGACAGUUUUCAGCUCUGAAUGAAGAGAUUUUUUUUUUUAAGUGAAAGGAAGAUAAUACCCUGGUACAUUGUAGGUGGCGCGGCUUCUACAUGUGGAAACGAUUUGACAUAAAGGCAGCUCGAUGAACCGAGACUUUGAGCAGAACACAAAGUAAUUAUAGUGGGACUGGAUAAUGCAGGGAAAACCACCAUUCUUUAUCAAUUCUUAAUGAAUGAAGUGGUUCAUACUUCUCCGACCAUAGGAAGCAAUGUUGAAGAAAUCGUUGUGAAGAACACUCAUUUUCUUAUGUGGGAUAUCGGGGGCCAGGAGUCGCUGCGGUCGUCCUGGAACACAUACUACUCCAACACAGAGUUCAUCAUUCUUGUGGUGGACAGCAUUGACAGGGAGCGACUAGCUGUUACAAAAGAAGAAUUAUACAGAAUGUUGGCUCAUGAGGAUUUAAGGAAGGCAGCUGUGCUUAUCUUUGCCAACAAGCAGGAUAUGAAAGGGUGCAUGACCGCUGCUGAGAUCUCUAAAUACCUCACCCUUAGCUCCAUUAAGGACCACCCGUGGCACAUUCAGUCCUGCUGUGCUCUAACAGGGGAGGGGUUAUGCCAAGGUCUGGAGUGGAUGACUUCCCGGAUUGGCGUGAGAUAAUAUUUUUGCUGGAAAGAGACUCUUCUAUUUAAUCUGUGACAUGAACAUUUUUUCCUAGUAUCUUUGGCUGCUAAGGCAGCAGCAUGUUUAAUUUAUAACAACACAAACCUCUAUAAGCAACACUUGAAUCAAGUGCAGCUGAACUGGAACAUAAAAGAUUUUUUUUCAUAAUUUUCUUUUUAAAUGCACUAAUCUUCGGUUGGAUGAACAUUAUGUAUGUUUUCAACGACAAGAACCCUUCCGACUGCUUACUUUAAUUAUUCAGUGACUGCCUUGUAAAACACUUGUUUGUCACGUGUUCAGUGUUUUCAGAAGUAUUGAUAUAACCUUUUUGACCAAUUUCUUUCGGUUCUUGACUCCCACCCCCGCCCUCCCAGAGGGUUACAGUUUGACCGAGCAGUGGUGGGAAUCCCCUGCUAUUGCUUGCGGACUUCUCUGGUACAAAACAUAAUCCCUCCAUGAACUCUUUAUCUUUUGAACAGAAUUUAUUAUAAAGAAAGAAAUCUAAUUGUUUCUCGGCCUUUUGGCUAAGAUCAAGUGUAGAAAGAAAUCUUCCUGGAAGGUAUAUAUAAAAAGGAAAAUUAAAAUUAAACGUCAUAAAUACUUGCCUUUUAACUUCCCUCACAUUGUUGCACGUGGCGGUAUAAUUUUAAGUUGCUAUUGACAUGUAAAUUAAGUAUUCUGUUUAUCUGAAGGAAUUUAUUUCACUUUUCUGCCUGCAAGAUUUGGUCCAAAACUAAUCAGGAUGAGGUAUUUGAGAACCCAGCUUUCAUAGUAGAUAUUGUUGGCUAAAGCUGGUAUUUUUAAGAAUGUUACGUUAUUCAAUGCAUAUAUAACUAUCAAGUCAUUACAGUGUACUAGCACUGAAAUUAAAAUAUACUAUUCAUUUAAAAACCAUUUUGUUAGUAAAAUUGCAGCUCUUUUAUUUGCAGGAGUGAUCGUUUCUGCUUUGGGAAGUACCUAAAGCAGAAGUGAGCAAUCCUUUUUUUAUUUCUUAAAAUUUGAAAUGCAUGUCAGCAUUUUUGCCACCAGCGCAAUAUUACUUUUAAAAAAAUGGUGCUUUUCUUAAAUCUUUUUGUGGGUGUUGUGUAAUAGGCUUGAAACAUUGCCAUCUUUAUAAUUAUACUUUGUAUUCUAAAAUCACAUAGCAAACUACUAAAUCUAAUCUUACUUUUUAGGAUAUUACUGUGACACUGAAAAGUUGACAUCCUUAACUUACAAAUUAAAAAAAUAAAAUGGAGAAGUCAUAAUCUAUCAAAAGCUUAUUUGUUGAAUACAACUAAAACUUUGAGGCAGUUGUCGAAUAUGAAAAAUACUCUAAGCAGUACAUACCUUAAAUUAAGAGGGAGGACAGUAUGUAACUUCAUUCUUGUUUAUUUCAAGUGAAAGAAAUUUUGCUGUAAUGAAAGGGAUAGAAUGUGUACCUAGUAAUUCAUUUUUGCCGUAUCUUUUCAUCAGGAUCAAGAAAAAUUUCAGUGUUCAUAAGAAUUUCAAAAUUCCUGUUCAAAAGUGAUAUUUUAAUUUUAAUAUUUAUCUAUAAGUUUAUUAAUUUUGCUCUUUUCAGAUGUGCUUGGUUAAUUUUAUUUAGAUGAAUUAUUUAGUGGAACUUGGCAACAUUUCUCUGAUUUUCGUUUAGUAGUAGCCUACCCUGGAAUGAAAAGUGGCCGGAAGAAAGCUUUCUGGAUUUGGGGAAAUUGUUUACUUUUAUUUUGAACCUUUUCUCUUACUGAUUGUAUACUAAGUAGUGGAUAAGUUUAGUUUUGUUUUUAAUGUAACCAUGAUCAAGAAUGUGAGAGAAAAGCAGCUGUAACCCCUCUGGAUGCUCUGUGGUGUGUGUGUGCGCGAUACACAAAUACCCUUUGCCUAAAGCACAUUUUGCCUGAAUUUCUACUUGGUUUUAUUGUUUACCAUAAAUACUAAGGAUGAUUCUCAUUAAGUCUGUUUUCAGAAAACAGACUUAAUACUCAAGUAUUUCCUUAUGAAAUAAUAAUCUGCCUUGUAUCUAAUAAGAGUGGCUGGCUCAAUUUUCUUCUAUCAAACUAUAUGAUUAUUUUUUAUAUUACCACAUCAGCAUUAUAUUGAAAGUGUUUUUAACAGUCAAUUGUAUUUUGUCAAACAGCUACUAGAAUAGACUCAGAUGUCCAAUUUGGUUUAAAAUACCACUUAUUUUCUGAAUCUUUUUUUUAAAAGUCUGUUACUUUUGCAUUAGAAGUGAUGUGCGUAUUUAUUGAGGGUGAUCUCUCCGUUCAUGUAGACUUUGUGCCAGUGAUUGGGAGGUUCAAGUAACACUUUUUGAAAGGUGAAAAGGUUUUCCUCAGAUCUUUCCUGUUAGAAUAAUGUGAAAACUGAUGAUCCUUUACUCCAAGAGAAUGUUCUGACCCCAGCAAGUAUCCAAUACUAAAACAUUGAUUUUGACUUGACAUUGAUUGCAAAACAGCCAACUUUGUAAGACAAAUAUCUUAAGAAAUGUGGUGUGUUUGUGCCUUUAUUCACAUGUUGAGAUAAGUCCUCGAGCUUGUACUGUCCCUGUGCUUCAGAGUCACACUAACAGCUAAGUAGUUUAAGAAGGGAAUGAUUUGAAUUUUACCUUCUCUUUCAGCUUCGCAUCUUACUUAGCAAAGUUACUAAUAAGUAGAAAGCAAGGAACUCAGCACAUUUCCCUUAGAUCAGUCUACGUUUUAUUUCAGUUGGAGGAUAAAUAAUUAAAUUUUAACCAAAAGAUUUUUAACAUGUUAGAGCUAAAAUAUGUAACUACCAUGCCAUGUUCAAAUAUGACAUUUUCCUUAAUUCUAAACAUUUUAUGUUCUUUAUCUUUAACCCAGUCAUUCUUAUUGAAAGCAUUUUGAGAAUUCUUUUAGGAUCAAUAAUCCCUUUUUAAAGGAAUUUACAGAAUAUUUUUAUGAUUAGUGUAAUUUAAUUUCUAAAACUCUAAAAUCUGUAAAUAUAACCUGUUGAAAACUAAGGAUUAAAUAUUUUUUGCUUUUAGAUCCUUGUGUCAGUAUACUUAAAGGUAUUAUUUUAUUAUGUAUUCUUUGGAAAGGUAAUACAAGUUUUAUUAAUUAAAAUAAUCUUUAAAUGGCAGUACCCGGCAUAACCAUAGCCAUUUUGGUUAAGCAUAGAUUAAUCUUGACUAUCAAAAGUAUAAAGAGAAUAAUUGUUUUCAGCAGAAACAGUGAGUGACACAGACAGUGCUAUUAAUAAUAUUCUCUGAAGAGUUACAGAAAUGUCAAAGCAAAGAUUUUGUUUGUUUUCUUUCUUUCUUUUUCUUUUGGUACCGGGGAUCGAACUUGGGGCUUUGUGCUUGUAAGGCAGUCAGCAGAACCACUGAGCUAAAUCCCUGCCCCUGCAAAGAAGAUUUUGAACAAAACUGACUUUUUUUAAGUCCUUGGUAUAGUUACUUAGGUGAAAUGUUAGAUGGAAUCAUUUCUGAAUGGCACUCAUUUAUUUAAUCCUUAACUUUGUAAAACCAUGCAUUAGGAAAAUGUAGUGAUACGACUCGAUGAGUAAGUUUUGUUGAGGUUCAUUUUUGGAGACCACCUUUGAAUGUAAUUUUAAAUCUGUCUUUGGAGCCAAUAAAUCUUCACAUUUAAAAUCAGUUCAAAGAGAUGAUUUUCUGUUUGGUUUAGGUAAAAUCAUUUUAAGAUACACAUGCUAUCUUGUAUCUAGUAGAAUAUUGUAUUGGCUACCUGAAGAAAUAGGUUUGCAUCUUAACUUGACCAUUUAUCAUUUUUUUUUUAGUUGACCUGCUUUUGGUUUUUCCCGUAGUGAGGAACUUCAGCAAAUUAGAGCUCUCCCGUGUCUUUUAGGUUGAAAAUUCUGAGCCUUUAUUACUAACAGUUUUUAAAGCCCCAAAUAAUAGGGAAAUGUGUGUGAUAUGGAAUUAAACUUAUUCUGUUAUCUGAUUCCCAUUCAAUCAUUUCAUUUAGUAUAUGAAUGCAAUCAAGUAGGAAAAUAAAGUAUCACUUAAUAACUAAUAUUCACCUUAAAUCAAACUAGUAGCUAAUGACAAUACAAAAGCGAAAACAAGCAUGCUAAGAAAAUUUAAAAGUAAUUAUAAAGCAUCAGUGAAUGUUGGAAGUAACCUCUUCUAGAAAGUUUACCUUGCUUAUUUUUCUGGUUUUACUAAUUGGUUGGAAGUGGUUGGGUCAUUUUAUUGCCUUUAGAUGAUACCCCAAGCUCCAGUUCUGUUUAACUUUCCAUUGUUGCAGGGAUAAUGUGAUCAGGCUGUCAAUAUUUAGUUAGCCAGGGUUUGUAUACAUCUGAAACUGCUUUGCAUUCAGGGUUAGCUUUUUCAUACUGAUUUUACUCAUUUAAUAUUAUUGUGAAGACUGAAACUCCAAGCCAGCUCCCCCCCAAAAAUGAGUGCUCUUUGAAGGAGGCUGAAGCAAGAGGGUUGCAAGAUAGAGUCCAGCCUGGAAAACUACUGAGAACUUAUUUCAAAGUAAGAGCUGAGGCUGUGGCUCAGUGAGAGAAAGGAGAUAUCUUGUCUAGCGUGUACGGGGCUGUGUUCAGUUCUCAGUACUGCCCCUCCCAAAAAAAUCAUAGGUGGCCCAAGCUAAAUAGAGAAAGUGAAUGUAAGAAAUAGGUUUGACAGUAUUGACUACUGUAGGUAGGCUUAAAGUUGGCUUUAAAGUGUACAAGAUUUAGUGAAAUGUUUGGAAAAUGUUAUUUGGAGGUUUAGAGGCAUACCUAGAAACAAACUCAGAACAUUUAAAAUUUAAAACUUGGAGUGGAAAUAGCUUCAGAAAGAUACUACAAAAGAGAAAGCAGAAAAACGAGUCUCUCCUUCCUCCCAUGUAAGGCCCUUAAAAUCACUAGUCUUUCACUGCAGAUGGCUUAUAUUAUUUUUACUGUGGCUAAAAAACUGAAGACUGAUUAGAUGUUUAGAAUUUGGCGCUGUAGUCAGAGGCAUCCUUUGCAUUUCUUUAAAAAACAGUAAUCUACAUUUUCUCCUGGAAGUGGAGAAGUAAUGUGCGGUUCAUGGCUUUUGGAAUAGAAAAUGGAGUUCUCAAAGAAUGGUAAUGUUCUAGCACUCAAACUUUUAAAGUUUUAAUUAAAAAUUUACCUCGUACUUUAAUCCACAAGGUGCUUUGUUUAAGUCUGUGCACUUUUACGCUGUCCCAUACAUACCCUCCUUCACACAAACUGUGUGUGAAAUAUACAGAUUUUACCACUUAGGGACAUUCCCUGGGGAUUUUGUUUUCUUCUUUAUUGUUAACCACCAGCAGGGUAAACAUGAUUGGUCAGAUUUACAUACAGUUUUCGUUCAAGCACAUGAGCAAGUGCCUAGUCAGUACUUAAUUAGUUAUAUAAAAUAAAGGAAAAGAAAAGAAAUUCGCUUUGAUUGGAGUAUGCAGUUAAGUAAGUUUACUUCAGCAUUGGUGCCAUGGCAAAUGACUAUCACUUCCUCACACUUGCAUAAGAACUAUCUGCAUGUUUUGGCCCUAUUCAUGAGACUACAGUGCGACCAGCCUGACAUACAAAUGACUUGUGUUAAUUAGGCUAAUGGAACAUUCAUCUGCCUCUUGUUGUCUAUAGCGGGUACCCAGGGAAACAUCCAGAUCUCAGCAUAACUAAGUUACCACUAGCCCUCGGGAACCAAUCGAGUUUGUAAGUCAAGGGUCCACCGUAUACUCUCUAAUUUUACAUUGUCCCUCAGGAAAUUCAGAAACUUUGAUUUUUUUUUUUUUAUUCUCUUGGAGCAAACUCGGUGUAGUUAUGAAAACUUUUAAUUUUGAUUUUUAAAGAGUUUAGGGCCGGGGAUUUAGCUCAGCGGUU